CUGAUCUACGCUCAGCACUGGUUGGCUGGUGGUAUUGGCGCUCGUGACCUUGUUAUUUUUCGAACAUAAAUAGAAUCUGCAAUCAAUUUUAUUUUCAGAUUCAAAAGGUGGUCAGAGAAAGAAUAGGAGGCAGGUUGCUGUCUGACCUGGAAAAUACCACACUCCAAAUAAUAAUAUAUUUUAAUUUUGACAGGGCUAAGAACAACUAUAGCAUGUUCCCAGAAGUUAGUUAUUUUGGUUUAAAUAUACGAUUUGUAUAUUUAAAUAAAUUGUUCGACCAAUCAAAAUGAUAGUUUAAUGUGUAUUAUUUUAUUGUAAAUCGUAUCUAAAUUCCAUAGUUCGGCUUUUGCUUCUACUAUUUUUUUAACCAUAGCCUUGAUUUUAAUUGGAAUCGUAUUUAUAAGUUAAUUGAGAACAAGUUAAACAAUUGAAAACCAGAAACAAGCGUCGUAUAUUAUUAAUUAGUAAGUCUCUGGAUUGCGUUUGGAGCCAAAAAUGGAAUUUGAUGAAGUACUCGCCGACUUUAGCCCCAGCAGAAGGCCGGACUGUAUCUCCGGGAGGUCCUCGUUAUCGCUCCCCGGGAUCGGAUCCAUGAGCUCGGCCUCUGUCAAAACUCGAUUUUCUCAGGAGCCUGCAGCUGUGCUUUCCCCGGUCACCAACCUGGCACUGAACAUGAACAACCUAGCUGUCCUCGGAAGCCAGUGUGACACCCCGAAGCGACGUACCAAUGUCCCGCUGCUCAAGAUGCCAUCCUUUGCCUCCGACACUUCCGAUGCAGGUCUAUGUCUGGAUUCUCCAAGCCCCAUAGACCCCAUUGAUUAUGAGGAGACGUUUGAGAGAGCCAUCUUGGAGUCCGGCAAAGUGAUCAAGGACAACAAGGCCCCAAUCAGAAGAAUAAACUCCCUCCCGGUGACGUUGGGCUCCAGCCCCGCUCUCAAAGGCAAAGAUUCUGACUCCCCAGAUUUCAGAGUCUUUGGGGUUCGAAGCAAUGAAGUCUCCAGAGGCAACAAGGAGAAUAUGCAGGAGGGGUUUGAGUUCAAGAAACCGACUCGGCCAGUGUCUCGCUGCCGGCUGCGCACCUUCCACGGAGGAGAGGGCAAGGAAGCGUUUGCCCUGCGGCCCAAUUCUGCCCCUGCUCUCAUGUUCUCGCCUUCUGUGGAACACAAGUAUCCCGUUGAUGACAACAGUCCUGUGCUCCUCCGGCGAUCCUCGUUAACCUGCUCCUUUAAUGACGAGGAUGACGAUGGAUUCCUAGACAUUAUGGAUGACGAUGUAGAGAAUGAUGCAGAUGUGCCCACUGGAAUGGCCAGUCUGUUGACUGCUCCACUGGUUCGCAAGAAGGAGGAAGACCCUGACUGUGCGCUACUCAUCCGCAGCCGUCCCCGCACUCUUUUCCGCUCGCCCUCACUGCCUUGCUCGGCCACCCGGCCAGCCUUGAAGAGGCCAGAGAGACCAAGAGAUGAGUAUUCCCCUGUGAAGAUCAAGAGAAGGAAGAGCCUGGCGGGGUCUGUGGCCAGGGAGGAAGAGGAGGAUGAAGAGGCACAAGCUGUUAAGUCUCGGUUCCUUCAGAGGUCCAAGUCGUUCUGUGAGGUUGAGAUUGAGUUGCUGCUGGACAAUGAUAUCAAGGAGCUGAUUGGUGACUUCACCAAGCCCUUUGUUCUGCCUACAGUGGAAGGGAAGCACCAAGAUCUGAAAUACAUCACUUCUGAAAUGAUGAUGGCAGCUCUGACUGGGAAAUUUGAUGACCUGGUAGAACGCAUUGUGAUCAUUGAUUGCCGCUAUCCCUAUGAGUUUGAAGGAGGGCACAUUGAGGGAGCCGUGAACCUGCAUAUGGAAGAGCAGGUGGAGGAUUACCUCCUGAAGCAGCCCAUCACCCCCUGCACCCUGGGGAAGCGCGUGCUGCUCGUCUUCCACUGCGAGUUCUCCUCGGAGCGAGGCCCACGCAUGUGCCGUUUUGUGCGAGAGAAAGACCGGAUGAUUAACUUGUACCCAAACCUGUACUACCCUGAGCUCUACAUCCUUAAGGGUGGAUACAAAGAGUUCUUCCCCAAAUUCCAGAAUCAAUGCAGGCCGCAGAGCUACAGGCCGAUGCACCACGAGGAUUUCAAAGAGGACCUGCGCAAGUUCCGUCUCAAGAGCCGCACCUGGGCGGGCGAGAGGAGCAAGAGGGACCUGUACAGCCGGCUCAAGAAGCUCUGAGUUUUCAAAACCUCUAUUGGAAUUUUAAAUGGGUUGGGCUGGUUCCACUGAUGCACUAAAUUAAUUCUGCAGCUGCUGCUGCUGCCCCCCCCCCCCUCCCCUUCAGCUACAUGUUUCUGUAUCUGACAACACUACAUCCCAGCUGUGUUGUAGCACCGUUUUCUUCUCUCUUCUCUCCAUUUCUCCUCCUCCCUAACCCCCCCCCCCAAACUGAAGCCUGCUCCAGUUAGUGCAUGUGACCUAUAUGCAUUGAGUAAUUUCCAAUAACUUCUCAGCACAUACAGUUGGCAGUACUUUUAUUUUAUGAAUCCCCAUUUUAAACUAAAACAAUUUUUAAAAGAAUAGGCUCAGGAUAAACUGCAGUCAUACAGGAUGGAAACCAGCCCCAACCUAAACAUUCAAGAGAAGCCACUGCCCUGCCCAGCCCGUGUUCCUAUUCAUCUAAAUUCAAGCACUUAUUUUUAUUUUUUUUUUUUAAUUGUUGAAAUCCUUUUAUAUCCAAGUUUAAAAGUUACAGUGUUGUAAUUAAGUGUCAUUCCUUUUGCUCUUGGUGUGAAGCCAUGUAGUAUUUAGAGCAAUCAUGGUUUUAAAAACAAACAACAAAAAAAGCUUGCCUCCGUUAAGUUUGGUCUUUUUGGAUUUAUGACUAGGAGCCUCGAAGUGAGUUUUAUGAUAUUUUGAUUCUUCUCCCUAAAUCAACAUCCAAACACUUGCCACUUUUGAAGGUAGAAUAAUUGCAGGUAAAACUCUAAAUGCACAAAAACUUGGCAAUGCUGGAUUCUUAAGCCAAAAAGAAAUGCAGUACUAAAAAUGUAAGCCAAAAGGCUUUUUAACUGUCUAAAGCUGCUGGUCGGCAAAUUUGCCUUUGCAUUGUGCAUCACUACCGAUGGGUUAAAACUUGCCGGAUUUGAACUUCUAUUUCUUUUUAAAGCAAAUGUUUGGAAUUUGAGGAUGGGAUCAUCUGUGGAAGUAUAAUUGUGGUUCAUGUAUUUGCUGUGUAACCGACUCAAUUGUGUGUUUUGUAUGGAUGCGCAGAUUCAAUACUGAGUUCUGUAUGGAAAGAACAACUUGUAAUUUGCAUAAAACUGCACCUGUAUUGGCGGUGGAGAAAUAAACAACUACACUCAA